AUGGUGGCACUGCCAGACACCGGCUUGUCCCUGGCAGGGACGGUGGCACUGCUCCUGCCUGACCUGUCCCCCGUGGUGGCACUGCCAGAGGCUGACCUGUCCUUAACAGGGACAGUGGCACUGCCACUGUUGGAGCUGUCCCUGAUGGGGACAGUGGCACUGCCCCUGCCUGGCCUCUCCCCAGUGCCACCGUCUCUGGGUGACCUGUCCCUGACAGGGACGGUGGCAUUGCUCCUGCCUGGCCUGUCCCCAGUGGUGGCACUGCCCCUGCCCAGCCUGUCCCCACUGCCACUGGCCCUGGGUGACCUGUCCCUGAUGGGGACACUGCCACUGCCCCUGGAGGAGCUGUCCCUGACAGGGAUGGUGGCACUGCUCCUGCCUGACCUGUCCCCCGUGGUGGCACUGCCAGAGACUGACCUGUCCCCCGUGGUGGCACUGGCUCUAGCUGACCUGUCCUUAACAGGGACAGUGGCACUACCACUGUUGGAGCUGUCCCUGAUGGGGACAGUGGCACUGCCCCUGCCUGGCCUCUCCCCAGUGCCACCGUCUCUGGGUGACCUGUCCCUGACAGGGACGGUGGCAUUGCUCCUGCCUGGCCUGUCCCCAGUGGUGGCACUGCCCCUGCCCAGCCUGUCCCCACUGCCACUGGCCCUGGGUGACCUGUCCCUGAUGGGGACACUGCCACUGCCCCUGGAGGAGCUGUCCCUGACAGGGAUGGUGGCACUGCCAGUCACCUGUUUGUCCCCAGGGCCACUGCCCCUGGGAGAGCUGUCCCUCCUAAGGACAGUGGCACUGCUAGAGACUGGCCUGUCCCUUGUAGGGAUGGUGGCACUGCCACUAACUGGCCUGUCCCCAGUGGUGGCACUGUCCCUGGAUGGACUGGCCUUGACAGGGACAGUGCCACUGCCACCAGCUGGGCGGUCCCUGGCAGGGACAGUGGCACUCCUGGUGACCGGCCUGUCCCCAGUGCCACUGGCCCUGGGCGAGCUGUCCUGCCUGGGGACAGUGGCACUGCCCCGGGAUGAGCUGUCCCUGACAGGGAUGGUGGCACUGCCAGUGACAGGCUUGUCCCCAGUGGCACUGGCUCUGGGUGAGCUGUCCCUGACAGGGACAGUGCCACUGCCACCAGCUGGGCUGUCCCUGCUGGUAACGGUGGCACUCCUGGUGACCGGCCUGUCCCCAGUGCCACUGGCCCUGGGCGAGCUGUCCUGGCUGGGGACAGGGGCACUGCCCCGGGAGGAGCUGUCCCUGACAGGGAUGGGCGCACUGCCAGGGGACAGUGGCACUGCCAUUGACUGGGCUGUCCUCAAGGGGGACGCUGGCUCUGCCAUUGACUGUGCUGUCACUAAGGGGGACGCUGGCUCUGCCAUUGACUGUGCUGUCACUAAGGGGGACGCUGGCUCUGCCAUUGACUGUGCUGUCACUAAGGGGGACGCUGGCUCUGCCAUUGACUGUGCUGUCACUAAGGGGGACGCUGGCUCUGCCAUUGACUGUGCUGUCACUAAGGGGGACGCUGGCUCUGCCAUUGACUGUGCUGUCACUAAGGGGGACGCUGGCUCUGCCAUUGACUGUGCUGUCACUAAGGGGGACGCUGGCUCUGCCAUUGACUGUGCUGUCACUAAGGGGGACGCUGGCUCUGCCAUUGACUGUGCUGUCACUAAGGGGGACGCUGGCUCUGCCAUUGACUGUGCUGUCACUAAGGGGGACGCUGGCUCUGCCAUUGACUGUGCUGUCACUAAGGGGGACGCUGGGGGACAGUGGCACUGCCAUUGA